GCUUACGGUCACACGAGGGCAGCACCUUCGAUCCAGAAAACAUGACUAAGAGAACGAAAAAGGCAGGCAUUGUUGGAAAAUAUGGUACCCGAUAUGGCGCUAGUCUGCGGAAGCAGAUUAAGAAGAUGGAAGUUAGUCAACAUAGCAAAUUUUUUUGUGAAUUCUGUGGAAAGUAUGCUGUGAAAAGGAAGGCUGUAGGAAUAUGGGGGUGCAAAGAUUGUGGUAAAGUGAAAGCAGGCGGUGCCUACACUUUGAAUACUGCGAGUGCUGUGACUGUACGGAGCACCAUCCGGAGGUUGAGGGAACAAACUGAGAGUUGAGCCUUUUGAUUGAUGCAAGAUUUUGAACAAAUAGACUUGAGAACUUAUUGGAUUAUGUUUAUGUUCGGAGAGCCGUAUUGUUUUGAAUGCAGUGUGAACUUUGAGUCA